AUGACAAAACGUAAACAGCAGGUCUCCUUGGACGAUAACGUAUCCGGAGGCAAUAAACGAUCUUCAGCCUCUGUAGGAGGAGAAACAAAUUACAUUGAUCUGAUCCCUAUUGAUGUCUUCAAUGACAUCUUCUCAAGACUGCAGUUGAAGUAUAAAGCAAGGUGUUAUUGCGUAUCGAAGCACUGGUCAUCGAAACUUCCGGCUCCACCAAGGCUCCUUUUCGCCUUCAACGUUGGAUCAAACUUGUUCUUCUACUAUUCACCUCAACGUCAUGAUAUGGAUGCGGGUUCGUUCCUUGGAGCCACUCCUCAUCGCAUGGAUCUCGGCACAAGUUUCUAUAAGUUAUGUCGCCCUCUUCGCGGAUUGGUCUGUAGUCAACAUGUCCGAAACAAGUAUUCAUGGGCUGUGAUAUCUAAUCCCAUCACAGGAGAGUACGUGACCACAACCAAAGUGUCACUAAACGGUGGUUCCGGGUGGACAACGGGAAAAGCAGAGUAUUCUUUGGGAUAUGAUCCAAUAGACAAACAGUUUAAGGUAUUACGUACCACUUGGUGGAGCAAUCCAAAUAACUUGUACGCCACGUAUCACGUUCUGACAUUAGAGACCGGAAAAAAAUAUCUCUCAUGGAGGAGGAUCCAUUGUUGCACACCACAUUCUCCAAUAGAGGAUAAAGAUAACGACAAAGGGAUAUGCAUCAAUGGUGUUUUGUACUAUCCAUCAAUUAGCCACAAGGAAAAACUUACCAUAGUUUGCUUUGACGUUAGGACUGAGAAAUUCAGUUUUACUGACAUUGAUCAAGGCAUGGUAGGAAGACUCCACAGACGACCUUUCAAUCUGAUAAACUACAAGGGAAAAUUAGGUGUUACUGAAGGUCAUGCUAUUUACCCUCCUUCUAUUGAGUUGUGGGUUUUGGAAGAUGCCGAUAAACAUAAAUGGUUGAAGCAUGUAUUUAAUUGGGAUUUGCCACAUCAGUCUCUGAUUGGAGAGAACCAUGUAUGCCUUGCUGGAAUGAAUGGGAGUGAAGAAUUUGUCUUGUCCCCAAUCCAUACACGAGAUCCUUUCUUCAUCUAUUACUAUAAUCUCGAGACGAACACUCCCAAAAAAGUAGGAGUUGAAGUUCCAGUAGUUGAUGAGUCUAAGUCUUGUAGAGUUUACACAUUCCCAAACUUUGUAGAGGAAGUGAAGCUUAUCUAA